AUGGGUUGCAGUUUUUCUACCAGAUCAUUGUUUAGAGUCAAGAAUAUUAUCCGAGUGGUUCACCUGAAUGGCUUUGUAGAAGAUUUUGAGUACCCUGUUUCAGUUAGUGAAGUCACCGGCAGGUCACCAAAACAGUUCCUCUGCACUCCAGCUCAACUCAUUUCUAACUGUUCCCAGGGUCUUCAACCUGAUACAAUCCUGGAAGCUGGCCAUAUUUAUUUUCUUCUACCUUACUCUACUCUACAUCCUGAUGUGUCUCCUGUGGACUUGGCUUCUAUUGCCAGAAAGCUCACUGCCAAAGCUAAGUCAACCAGGUGUACGGCUAAGUCACCAAGUCAAUAUGGCUCCAGUCCUAACCACGGCUUAAGGGAACCUGAUUCAGGGCUUAUGUAUUGUGAGGCACAAAGGUACUCCCGCGUGCGGGCAUGGAAACCAAUCUUGGACACCAUUAGAGAAAAGUCAUUUAAUCGGCGAAGCGAAUCGGACUUGCAGGAAACCUAG